CGAGAUUAAUCCGGUGGAAACGAAUGGACGUACAAAGCCCCCGCAAUUAGUACAAAUGUGUCUUUCUCCGUGGCACAGGAGUCCCUUCAGCGGCUCACCCUACUGACACUAGUAUCUUUACCCCAGAAACCUACAAUUUCUACCCACGUUGCCGGUGCCCAACCCACGCAUGCCGAUGCAUAUGCCAUUGUUUUAUAUGAUAUUGUACUAUAAAACACCCUACUCCCGCACGUCCCAACAGACGCAUAUCAGCAACUACUAACCCGGUCAUGGUCGUCUACCUUCUCCAUGUCUCACUCCGAGGAUCGCAUCAGCCGGCCCACUGCGCCAGAUGACCUUGUCCUCGAAGCCUGGGGCCAGGGCUUGAUGGUUGGCUCCCUGGUGGUGAUGGCCGCAGUGACGUUUGCAAAUAUGAAGAGGCAUAUACUACUGCACAAACUUAUUUUUGCGGAGCUCAUUCUCGCCAUGGCCCACGGCACCUUCAUCUUUCCCAAAGAGCCCGUCUACGGAUGGUACCUCUCCUGCAGCGCGAUCGGUUUGAACGUAUCCUGGACCCUACACAAUGUCAUUGCCUGGAUGAAAAAUAAGCCAUUCCUGAGUCGCAGAGUGUCACAAGCUUAUAUCAUCACCAUCCUGCUGGUCCAGCCAUACUGGGUGGUGGAGAUCUACGCCAAUUUCACCUAUUUCAAUAACAUCAACAAGAUCUUCCUGACAACGAGGCCAAUGGAACCUCUCUUCCGUGACCCCUGGUGGGUCUUCACCACCUGCUCACUCUUCUACACAAUCAAGCGCCUGUACAACUUUGGCAUUAUCGAAUUGGUAACUGUGAGCCCACGAUUCGGGGUCAUGCUAGCAUCAAUGUGUCUUUCCAUAGCGUUCAUCGUCAUCGAUACUUGUGUCGUUCUAAACGCAUUUCCGGCGCAUACGCUCCCAACGGGAGUGGAGCCAUUCUGGAAGCUAUCAUUUAUUUUCAAGUGUCUUUGUGACACCGUUAUCCUCGACGACUUCAAAACAGCCCUUGAUCGAAUGCGAAGCUACUGGCUACAAAAACGGGCCAGAGAUGGCGACGUCCUUCUUCCCGAGACGGAAUAUGACCCUUGCUGUGGCAGGCAUGGGGGGGAGGACAUCGAGGCACUCGGAAGUGGAGGGUUGGGCAGCGAACUAAGAAAGCCAGAAUCGGCGGUUCCGCGAGUUCAUACAAGGGAAAAUGUAGGCAUAGCCCUUUGAUUGUGCAUAUAUAAUCGUUGCAAAGGCUUGAUUAUGAUAAUGGUUGGCUCGAUGAUAUCCAUCAUUCUAUUUUUACAAAUAUACUUUGGUCAAGCGACCGUUGUCUUGGUCCGUAUGCGAUUUACAUCAACCGCUGCCUUUCUUUGACAGUAUCCCCCUGUUCGAAAUAGCAUCAUUCUAUGCAGGAGACUGUCUAGGGCGCAUGAUGUGCAAGAUAGGCUCUUUAUAUACUUUAAAAAAAGAAAUUGAUCGGCCUUGGCAUAGCCUCAUAUCAUAGUGCUACACAAAGACCGUGAGGUGCUCACAGAAUGAAAGCAUUACCUCAAAGAAAUGGGUAGUGAAGUCUAGAACCUUUGUUAUAAGGUUUCUUCGAGUUCUUCGACCCAGGGGACCGAGAUAUCCUGUUUCAUGUUCUUAGGAUAGGAGAAUUAUGCAUGUAGCGAUGUGUUGAUGUCUUCGGAUCGAUUGUGCCCUGAUCCUUUCUUUGUUUUGUGGAAGUUGAAAUAUCUAUUUAUAUGCAUUUUCCAAUAAGAAGAAUC